AUGUCUAAUAAUAAACAACAAAUAUCAAAUGAUAAUGUAGACGAAAAUAAUUCAUUAACAGAUACAUUUUUAAUUGAAUUAACAAGAGGAAUAUGUUUUGCGGGAAUUCCUCAUGCAAAGGAACGUGAAAGACAACAGAAUUUACUUCAAUCUGUUCAAAUUUCUAAAAGGCUACAUAUUGCAGUCCCCAGCAACGGAUUAAAUUUGCAUUUAAAUUUAAACAACUCAAAUAUAGUACCAGAACAAAAUGAGGUACAUUUUCAAAGUGAUAUUUUAUUCAACGGAAUUCCAAUUCGAAUAAAAGGCCAAAUAAAUAUAUUAACUUUAUUUGGUGUUGCACAAUUCGAAAAAUUAGUGGCAAUUCAAAGGGGAUAUACUACAGAUAUUUUAUUAAAUGAUUGUAAAAUACCCAUGAAUAGUAUUGAAGCCGAAAGAAGGGAAAGGUUACACAAAAGAUUAUGCAGAAUACGUGAAACAUUGCUUAAACUUUAG